UUCUUCCCCGAGUUGACAGGUUAACUUCACUGACACCUUUUCUUCCACAUCAUCUAAUCAAUCUGGUCUAAUUUUUAAUUCCACCUUUUUUUAAUUUCUCUACUUCGGAAGAGCCUGCCAUCAGUUUGCCAGUGUGUCACACUGGCCCCUCCAAUUGUUAUUAUUUUGGCCUGAACAUGGUUUAUAGUGCAAUGGAUCAAGUUGUGCCAAAUGAAUACCUCCGGAAGGCUGAGGAUUUUGCUGACUUGGUUUAUAAGAAGACAAAAGUAUUCCUUCCAACUGCUUCAAGACUGUGUCUCAUCUCAACUUUCAUCGAAGAUGGUUUGCGAAUGUACUUCCAGUGGACACAGCAAAAGGAGUAUAUGGACAUGUCAUGGGGUUGUGGCAGCUUUCUAGCAACUCUUUUUGUAUUCAUCAAUCUAGUUGGUCAAUUAGGAGGCUGUGUUUUGGUUAUAGUUCAGAAGCAAGUCCCUGCUGCGUGUGGUGUGCUCUUUUUCAUCGUAGUUUUACAGACUUUUGCGUAUGAUAUUCUCUGGGAUCUGCAUUUCCUAUUGCGUAAUCUAGCUUUAAUUGGUGCUCUACUCCUCGUUCUGGCUGACAGCAAAGCUGAAACAAGGACAUUGCUGGCUGGUGUUCCAACAUUAGAUACGAAUAAACCUAAAAAUUAUCUCCAGCUUGGAGGAAGAAUUCUUUUGGCUUUCAUGUUCAUUACCCUAAUUAGAUUAGAAAUCUCAUUUUUCCAAAUUUUGCAAGACUUAUUUAGCUCUGCAUUAAUGAUUUUAGUAAUGAUUGGCUAUAAAACAAAGCUAAGUGCUUUGCUGCUGGUUGGGUUCUUAUCAUUCCUCAACUUUUAUCAUAAUGCUUGGUGGAAUGUUCCAUCUUACAAACCUCUCCGAGAUUUCCUAAAGUACGACUUUUUCCAGACGUUUUCUGUGGUUGGUGGUUUGUUAAUGAUAGUGCUACGUGGUCCGGGUGGUGUGUCAAUGGAUGAACACAAGAAAGAUUGGUAGAGGCUACAAUUAAAGGAAAUCAAGUCUGAAGAACUCCUACCAAAAAACUGCUACUUCUCUCGAAUUGCUCCUCUUCGCUUUGUCUCCGUAAGCGUCCAAAUACUUCUUAUAUUUAGGAUUUUAAUUUUAUAAAGGAGUUUAUUUUCUUAAAGAUGAAUUAUUGUACUGUGUUUCAGAGCUGUUUUUUAUAAUCAUAUUUUGUUCUUUAAACUCAGAUUUGCCCUCCAUCCCAUCUUUUUUAUUGCACAAUCUAGGCAAUUUUAAACUUUUACUUGCAGUCCAAUUUUAGAUGUUCCCUCGAGUAUUUCGUGAAUAUGCGAAUUCCUCUGUGACUGUGCUCAAUUCAGGAGCAAAGGUCUACGUUAUCUGUCCCGGUUUACAGAAUUUUUUACUCAGGUUUGCCGAUCUCCUACCCAUGCGUAUUUCAAAUGUUAACAAGAAACCACAUCCAUUAAUAAGUGCUAUUCUUAAUUGCACCAUAAGUUCUGAAUCCAUUGAUAAAACUCUUGUCAAGGGAUUUAUAAUGAGCUAAGUUUUCUUAAUUUCUCAAAAACAAUUUGUAGGUUUGGCAAUCAGUAUGCGACCAGUAUAUGAGGUAGGGGAAUAUUUUUGAGACGGCUCCGGAAAAAUUCUUUUUCUGAGUGUCUUGUUGGUCGCAAACGAAAACAGAAUUAAGUACAAUUGAAAGGAUUAAGAAUAAGCUUUCAAUUACAGGUCCGGAAUUUUUGAGCUUCAAUAGCUUUUAAGAAUUAAAACUUAUUGAUUGAUUUAAACUAAUUGAUAAAACUUACUUUUUUUUUUCUAAUGAUCCAUGCAGACCCUUCAAGAAAUCUUGCUCGAAAUAGAUUUUAUAAUCUUUUGGUGCUGGAUUCAAAGUUAUUCCCAAACAGUAAUGUUUUUCUGGGAGACCCAUGUUAUUUACAUCAUAAUCAAGGCAGUAUUAAGGUGACAUCUAUUUCAAAGGCCUUCUUCAACCUCAUACAGUAAUAAUGUAAAUCAUAUGAGUCUUUCUGAAGAAAUAAUUUGUUCAUGGACUAUGAUAGCUAUCAUGAUCGGUUUCAACACAUUUUUUACUUUCAUGCCCUACCAAACUUCUAUGUCUUCCCCUCUUUCUACUAUAUUUUUUAUACAGCCUAGAGGUUUGGCUUUUACGGAUCGUAUAAAUAGUUAUAACAAGAUAUUUAUGUGGAAUGGUGCAAUCUCUUCUUCUUGGAUGAUACUGAGAUGGAAAAAAAUUAAAUUCCCUAUGUUCGCUGGGAAAUCCAGGGUAGCCCAAAUAUUAAUUCUUCAGUCAUCUACGUCAAUUUUACCCGAGUCUGCUUUAAGUUUGGAACCAAGUGAACUCCCCUGAGAAAGAGAAAUUAAUAUGAGGCCCUUCCUUUCAGUUUGAGCAAAUUCAGUGGUAUGUAAGAACAACUUAACAUGGCUUGAGUACCUUUAAGAUUUUGAGAGCAUAUUCCAAGACUUUGGAACAUGUGCUGGAAUGAAUGCUGCCUUGAGUGAUAGUGAUAUUCCUUCCUCUAUCAAGUCUACUUCUAUAGAUCCUGCAUCAAGGUGAUGACAUAUGUUCCAUCGACAACAGAACUGUUGUCAUUAGCUUUCACAGAUUGCAGUAUGCACCCGGUGUACACCUCAAAACAAAUGUGGCAUGCCCCUUGUUUCGGACUCUAUAUGCGCUAUCUGGCUGAUGGAAUGAAUUUUGAAACAUAGAAUAUAUUUUCCAUUCUAAGCAAAACUUAAACCCAAGUAAACGAAUCUAAUAUCUGUUUAUUGUGUAUCAGUGUUCGACAUGGACAACAUCUCCAAUACUUACAUCAUCCCUCAUCUAUACAUUGUCUCUGGUGUCAAAACCACUUAAGAUCUCUCUCAUAACAAGGGAAGGCAGUUUUCUGUAAUUUAAUUUUUAAUUCUAUUAAGUUUAUCGUGUGACAAUUCAUUUUGUCUAUUUGACAAUUUAAUUUUUAAUUUUAAUCAUCUUAGAUGUACGUACGUUCUUGCUGUUAUUGACAGCUGCCAAAUUUUGUUAGCUUUCUAAAAUGUAUUCUCACAAAUAACCGGAUUCUGGUUCUCUCUUUAAAGUUUUGCAUGUCUAUUUACAUAUUAUGUGAAUGAGUAGGUGAUAGCAACUGUCCUUUAUCAGUAAAAUAUUCAUUUUCCAUGCCUGGAGGUCAGUAAAUACUUAUUGUCUGCCCCAGUUUACUUUUAUUUGGCACACUCAUGCAUAGAGAAAACUAGUAUUAGUCUUGAAGUACAUCAAUGGCUAAAGAAGAAAAAUGCAAGUCACUAACUGCAACUUUGGGAAUCUCUAUUUUUGUUUAAUUUUUUCCAGAGAAAAUUCACCAACAGAAUGAGACAAUGGCAAAGAAGUUUUACAGGAUUAAUGUAAAAUUUUGUGAAAAAACAAAAACAUUUAUUAAAUAGUUCAAAAAAGCACUUCUGAGGUGAAAAAAAGCUAAUUAAAAUCUGACUAACCAAAAGCUGACAGUCGAGUUGAUAUAGCAGUGCGAAACCUGAAACUGAGCUCAGCCAAUCAGCAAAAGCUGUUGCCCCGCUUUGUUACGUCAUCAGAGCCCCCCCUCUCCCAAAUAUCGUUUUAAACUGAUCGCAUUUUUGGCAUUUUCAAAACGGAUUCUCUUUGCUAAUUUGAGUUUUUAAAGAUAGAAUUCCUAGAAGCUCGGUUUACUCCGUACUUUAAAAAAAUGGGUGCCACUGGCCCAUUUCUUGACAGCUCCUGCAAAUUGUUCAAAAAUAUUCACAGAAAGUUGCAAGGAGAAAUUUAGGUUAGUGUUCUUAUAGUCUGUUUGUGUUUCCAUAAUCAGAGAUUCUUAAAUGUCGAGAAUAUUCGAAAUUUUUCGACUUAAUCUAUCGAUGUGUGUUCUCCUUGAAACUUUUGGAGCCUGUGAAGUUUGCUUAUCCAUAUAGCAGUGCGUUCAUAGUUCAUGUUUGUACAAAUGAGGCAAUCGUAGAAGUCAUUAGGUUGAAAAUAUAAUGAACCUUUUAUCUUUCUGCCUUUAAUUUGCUUUAAAUAUGCUCAUAGUACAAUGACGUAGCCUCAGAAGUGUUUUUGUGGUCUCAAAAGUCCCUUGAUGUGGCCUUUUUUUGCCAUUUUGGCAUAAAUAUUACAUUCCUGUCAACGUUACACCUUUGCCUCUCCAGAAUCAUCGUAAUAUAUAGGAACUGAAUUUUUUUUUUUUUUUUGUAUGAAGAAACUGCAAAGUGUCACUAUGAUGCUGUUUAAUAUCAUUUCUCAGAGUUUCUGAACAAGUAUAAAUCUCCAUUGGUUGUUAAAACUGUGACUAGGACUGGAACUGCAGAUUUUCUCUUGCCUCAUAAUGAUAAAGUGAAUUCGGCAGGUAGAAUUGUAAUGCGUAAAUUCAAUAUCGAUGAAUGGUAAAGAUACAAUUCUUUAUUAUUUAAAAAAAUACCUGUCAAAACAGAUAUAACCAUGAGGCAGUAGAUCGUGGAUACCACCUUACGCACCACGCCUGGACCACUACCUGACAUUUGAUUGACGAAUUGAAUGGAUAACUGGAACAGAAUUAAGAGAAAAUCGGAGAAUUGGAAGACCUUUUUGUUUUCCUGGACUACCAUCCAUGCCAAAGAGACAAAAGUUGAAAAUUACCAUCAGCAGCUUUGUUGCUGGUUGCACAGUACUUGGAAUCAAACACAAGAGGACAGUGUGUGAAAACACCUUUAAUAAGUGAAGUAAUUUCACCAUUUGGUUGGGUUCUUCGUCUUCAAGCACACUUGUAUCUCUGAAUAAACUAGCUCAGCAGCCAUUGCUCCUCCUUUCCAAAGCAUUUAAACUGAAAUCGGUCAUUACAGGGGGACAGGUGAUUGAUUCUCCCUUUUAACCAUCAAAUUAGUGCAAUUGAAUGAGUAUUUACUGUUACACUUAGUUUUCUCUUUCCUUUUUAAAAAUGUAUGUACAAUUAAGAUGAAAGGACUGUUUUUCAAUUUGUUUAUAUAGUUUGUUUUAUUUUUUAUUUUUAAGGUAAAAUCCACAAAUUGUUUUAAUUUAAGAGGUAAUGACUGCAGUAACAGCAUUUCUUGGAAUAUAUUCUUUUCAGGUCCGUGCACUUUAACAAUUGAUUUAUGUCCGCAUCAAUGGAGUUGGCCAAAUCAUAUUCCAUUGUUAUUAUUUUUCUUCCUUUUUUUGUAUCCUCAAUAACACUGUAUGGUUUACAUCUUAACUUAAGAGGAAUUUUAGUUGCUUCUCAAUCCGAUAAAAAAUGCUGUGUUGAGCAUAGUAAAUAAAGAACGGAUAAAGUUCAAAUUUUGAAGGCAGUUAAAAAAGGGAGGUUUACACAGGUGUAUUCAAGGUAGAAAAGAUAUUUCUGCAGAAAUGCUAUUGCUGGAUCCAGCGCUUCUUUUCCAUUUAGAGAACCAGCUUGAAUUUUUGCAUCUGCUCAAGUCUUAUAUCUUAAUUUAUCAGAUUUUCUCUCAUAUUUCUUAAUUAAAGGAAAUCAUUUGCUGCUCUCUCAUGAUCUGUAAUACAUUUCUCUUUUUUCUUCUUCUUUCUUUCUUAAUGUGUACAGCAAAACUGUUGAAUAAAUAAAAUUUUAACGAAGUAAAAGUUAAUUAUUAAACAUAGUAAGUAAUCGGGUUAUGUUUCAUAUGAUGUCCCUCAGUUAUUAGGUUUCUUACUUUAAUUAAAAUUCUAGCAAUGUUAAGUA